AUGAACUAUCUUCGCGGCGCGGUCAACGCGAUCAGUGCGCCCUACCAGUACUACAAGGACAUUAAUCCAUCCACCCUCACUGGCGCCAUCGACGUCAUUGUAAUUAGCCGGCCUAAUCAGCAUGUCGACGAUAAACAGAGUCCCAGCUCCAGUGACAAGCCAGCGGACGAUAACGAGCUCGUGUGCUCACCGUUCCAUGUCAGGUUUGGGAAAUGGCAGGUGCUCAGACCGGGGGACAAGAAGGUCAACGUAUUUGUCAAUGGAAAUGCAGUCCCUUUUCCGAUGAAGAUUGGUGAGGCCGGCGAAGCUUUUUUUGUCUUCGAAACGGAUGAAGAGAUCUCAGAAGAUAUUGCUACCAGUCCUCUGCUAGAAGCAACCAAGCCAGGACAGACCAACGCUCAGGUCGCACACCCGGGCAGAUUUGGCACCAAAGAAGGUGCUGACAACGCAGAGGACGAGAUUCAAACAGCCUCUCAGGAACCAGAAUUCCUCGAUCUAAACGCUUCGCCUCAGGAUGAUGCGAGACCUCUGACUUCACACACUCUUGAAAGACCUCCGUCUCAGUCGGAGGAGGAACUUCAUCAGCCUUCCUUGCUGGCGCGUACAGCGCAAUUAGGCAAGACUGUCGUCGCCGCUGCUGUUGAGAUAGAGAGGUCGCAAGCACAGAAGCUAAGCGACAAGACAAUAUCGGAGGCUGUGUCUGAGGUAGGGAAGGACCAGCAGACUUUGUUGCAAGAAAAAGCUGUUACUGCGGAAAAUGUAGUUAAGCGGUCUGUGUCGGACUACCUUCCCUUGGGCAACAAGGGCGAUGAAGUUCUCCCCGUGGAUAGACAGAAUGUUGAACCACCAGAAGUCGUGUACACAGACAGAAUGGUUUUUGAUUCAGCAGGUUAUCAUGCACACCAGCACACCUAUUCGGCUGAAUAUGGUGCUCCCAGUGACGGUAGACCAUCGUUUGUCUCCGAACCGUCUAGUCCAGAGAUGACACCGGGGCCAUCUAGGUCGCCAUCACCAUCACCUUCAAUGCCGACCGAAUCUUCGUCCGCCCCUCCAGGUCCGGUCCCAUUCCCCAGUAUGCGUGCAGCUUCCGAGCCGCCACCAGAAGGAGACCUCAGACCACAAUUUGCGGCUCAAUCACCCCCAAUCGCAUCCUCGUCGCGUUCGCCAUCAAAAUCCGGCAUACGUGCUAACAAGUCCAAGGUUGUCCCACGUGCCAGUCUUCGCGAGCUUGAUGUCUCCACACUGGAUGUGGAUACUCCCCAAUACGUAUGGGAGUGGGGCAACUUCCCUCAGAAGACACCCGUUGAGACUGACUACCGGAUACCAUUUCCAGGAGUCAAUGACUCUCUGGACACUAGGAAGGGAAAAGGCAGAAUGUAUUCGGAGGUGGGUACAGAGGCUGGUAUGGAGCUAGGAGAGCUGUUAGCUGGUGUUGGCAAAACGCCAUCGGGUCUAUCAAGAUCAUUGACUACUGACGAAACAUCACAGAGACGUAGGGGACGGAGUGAAGAGACGAAGUAUGGCACGGGUGGGCGGUUGACAGUGGACCGAAGGGAUCCGACACUCUUUAGGGUGUUUAUUGAAGGGAAGGUAGCGGAGUUCGAGCUGAGUAUCAUUCCUGACCUUGCGCAGGAACAGGCAGAAACCAAGGGUGGAGGUCUUCUGAGUGGUAAAGAUGGAGUUGAGGACGCUCGUCUCUUUGACCAGGGUAAAAUCGACUUUCAGCGGUUCUUGGGAGACGACCGACUCGUGCAUGACGAGAAUUUGGUGCUGAAGUGGGCAGGAGAUGUGUACAUCACACGUAGAGAUGCCUCCCCAUUGAUGGACGCGCUGGUCAUCUGGCGUGAAUCCGCACGCAACGGCAAGCUUGCGCGGUUUUCCUCCCGUUCGCCUUCGCCUGGCCGUUCAGAUGAACGUUCACGUCUCAAGGAAAUCGAAGAAGAAAUCCUUGACCGGCCGCAGAUAAAUCGUACUUCGACAGAUACGUCGGACAAUGCAGCUCCAGCAACCAUUACCACUGUUUCUGGCCAAGCGGAAAAGGCGUCCUCCUCACCAUGGGUCCGGUGGUGGAGUCGUAGUCGCAGAGAGGCGUCCAGGCCUGAUCUGAGACCUUCUAAUUCAGCACCUCCGGAUAUGGAGACGAGGAAGGGACUUGAACAGCCGGAGGUCGUGUCGAUAAAGCGUUCCCCAUCAUCCGCGUCUGCACCAGUCAUCCCUCCUUUAGAUCUGCAUGUGGAGACUGAGUCACCCGAUGUUACACCACCACCUGAAGAGGUGGCGAACGCGCGUCGGAAGAGGUAUGCGAAGACACUUCGAUUGACUUCUGAGCAGUUGAAAUCCCUGAACCUCCAGCCUGGCCCGAAUAUUAUCACAUUUUCUUUGUCUGCGACCGGGGCCAUUGCUUGCACCGCUCGCUUGUUUCUGUGGAACCACUCUGAUAGGAUUGUAGUGUCGGAUAUUGACGGUACAAUCACGAAAUCAGACGCUCUAGGACAUGUCUUCACUAUGAUUGGAAGAGAUUGGACACAUCUCGGUGUGGCGAAACUGUACACAGAUAUCUGCCGGAAUGGGUACAAGAUCAUGUACCUCACCUCGCGAGCCAUUGGACAGGCGGAUUCCACCAGGGAUUAUCUCAAAGGCGUCAAGCAGAAUGAUUACCAACUACCGGAUGGACCUGUAAUUAUGAGUCCAGAUCGGCUCAUGGCUUCCUUGCAUCGCGAGGUCAUCAUGCGAAAGCCGGAAGUUUUUAAGAUGGCUUGUCUCAGAGACAUUCAGAAGCUGUUCGGCAAUACCUCACGGAAUCCGUUCUAUGCUGGCUUUGGGAACCGUAUCACCGAUGCUCUCUCUUACCGUAGCGUCAACGUACCUAGCUCGAGAAUCUUUACGAUCGAUUCGACAGGGGAGGUCAAGAUGGAAUUGCUCGAGCUCGCCGGAUACAAGUCUUCAUACAUCCAUAUGACGGAUCUUGUUGACCAGAUGUUCCCUCCAAUCCACCGCAAGUGGGCAGCGGAGUUUACAGACUUCAAUUACUGGAAACCUCCAAUGCAGGAAUACGCACUUCCAGAUCUUACACCGCCUUCACCCGCUCUCAGCGCUCGCUCUGACUCAUCCAAUCAGAGCCCCCUUGCGCGGUUGAGGAACUUCAGCUUAGUUGGGAGCAGACAGCCAAAAAUCAUAAGACCCUUGAGUUUGCCUCCGCCAGCCACAGAGCACCCAGAAAACGGGAAGAGAGAUCAGGUCGGGCGCAAGGACCAACAUCUGAGGCAAAUGUCUUCCUUGGAGAGAUUGAGCAACACCCUUGCUACUCUGGCGCUAUCGUCAUCUCCUUCCAAUGGAAGUCCGGGGUCAGCUUCAUCGACGUACAUUGAUUCCGGUUCUGAGGACGAGGACGACGGUGACCUGGAAGGACAGAAGAAAAGACGACGUAGGAGCACUGCGAGCAUGCCAGGUUCACUUCCGGGUUCAAGAGGCUCUUCUGACGUUGAGGACGAGCUGCACUUCGACAUGGAUGAAGAACGCGGAUCUGAGUAUGAUGGCGAGAAGGAGGAAGAGGCUGCAGAGGAAACAUUUGACGAAGAUCUUUUGGUAACUGGAGAAAUGCAGAAUGUGCCCUUCCUUUGA